AUGGUCGCUGCCAUGUCUACUGAUGUCGCGAAACAACCCCAAGAGGGUCAGCUUCAAGAGGUGCAGACCACGAAACCUGUGUCUCGCUUCACGCGAUGGUUCCGCAGCCCCCUGUUCAACGUCAUCCUCGUGGGCCUCAUCUCUUUUACACAACCAGGCAUAUGGAACGCACUCAAUAAUACCGGAGCUGGCGGACAGCAAGAACCCUACCUGGUCAACGGAUCCAACGCUCUCACCUACGGCAUAAUGGUUUUUGGCUGUUCUAUCUUUGCGAUUCUGGCGAAUAAGAUCGGCCUGAAUAAGGUGCUUAUUAUCGGGACUUUGGGUUACGCUCCUUACUCGGCAUCUCUAUAUGUGAAUAAUCGGUAUGGCGUCGAGUGGUUUGUCUUGUUCGGCGGUGCAACCUGUGGUGUGGCAGCUUCUGCGCUGUGGGCUGCGGAGGGUGCGAUUGCUCUCGGUUACGCCGACAUCCACGAUCGAGGCAAAUUCACUGGUAUCUGGCUGGGUCUCCGUGAGCUCGGGCAGCUGAUCGGCUCUUCGAUCCAGCUUUCUUUGAAUGUCGAGAAUGGCAAGAAAGGAAAGGUCGGCUAUUCAACCUAUAUCAUCUUGAUCGCUCUGCAGUGCCUCGGUCUUCCUCUAGCGCUACUUGUAUCGCCCCCUGAGAAGGUCAUCCAUCGCGACGGCAGGAAAUCCUAUGACCCCACUAAGAACAAAGCUGUGCUCAAGGAGUUCCGCAAGUGGGCAGGCUUGCUCAAGAGGAAACAAUUCUACCUUCUGGUACCUAUUCUCAUAGGGUUCAAUUGGAACAGUACCUACCAGGGUAUCUAUCUCACCAAGUACUUCUCCGUCCGUGCCAGAACUCUCGGCGCAUUGACAUCCGGGAUCGCGGCGACAGCUGCCAACAUGUUCUGGGGGUGGUUCUACGAUCUCAAAUGCUUCAGUCGCCCUACUCUCGCCAAGAUCACAUGGUGCAGCUUUUCGGUUAUUAUGCUUGGCUUGUUUGCAUGGCAAACAGCAAACGAGAAGCUGUAUGAGGACACAAAGCCCACCCUGGACUGGGCCAGCCCGGGCUUCGGUCGCGGCUUUGCUGUGAACGUGCUUUUCCGUUUUAUGAAUGAGUCUCAUUACAUGUUUGUAUACUGGAUAAUGGGUACUUUCUUUGACGACAUUGAGACUUUAACGCUGGGGGUUGGCCUCGUGAGGUCCUUCGAAUCAAUUGGCUCAUGCCUCGCGUUUGGUAUUGGAGCUGUCAAGGUUUCGCCUAUGGUGAACCUGAUUAUCGCAUUUGUCAUGUUUGUCGUCUGCAUACCUGCAACAUCGUUCGCGGUAUUUCUCGUGCCAGAGAGGCCGGUGGACAACAGAGCGCUCGAUUCGGACAACACAUCAAUUGAGUCCCGGAAAGAUGCAGACCCAGUUUUUGUCGCUACAACAGCGGAUGCAGUAGAUGGACAUCGGCCAUGA